AUGCACGCACCCGAAGCGAACGAAGGGGAAGAGCGUGUCGUGCACAUUCGUGCUCUGGAGGUGGCCCACGAGCCUUGCGACCGGGACGAUGGGGAGGUCCAGCGAGCCACUGGAGAGGGACUUGGGAUCGAUCUCGAGCUUGGUCAGGCCGAGGACGGCGAGGGACUGCAGCUCCGCAAAGAGCUUGCGGAGGAGGUGGACUGUGAGGCUGUUCUCGAUCCCCAUGCUGAGCGUUAG